CCACCACCGACUCUCAUCCAUCCGUUUGUCCAUUUGGUCUACAAAGCAUCCUAUCCCUCCGCCUCCGCGUGGCCUCCUCACUGAUGCCCAUGUCGUCCCACCCCCUGCCAUGGCCCCCAUCAGCCCCUCGCCCCAGGGUAUGCGACGGAUGGCGAUAGAACCCACCAUGCGGCCGAAACGGCCCCCUCGGCGGCCCCCUCCCCACCCCCUGAGUGUUUGUCGCCCCAGUGGCGUGAGACACGCUCAGUGCCCCGCCCCCAUGGCCCUGAUGCUGCUGCUGGAAGUGGGGUUGUUGGUUGCCGCCCAUCUGGUGCUGUUGGCCAUUGGGGCCCAUGAGUUGCUGUUGCUGCUGCUGCUGCACAUUGUGUCUAGGGGGCGGUGGGAAAGGCUGUCUGGGAGGUCUCCGGGGAACGGGGCGAGGAGGGGGACGGUUGGCGGUCGUGUUGGUGGUCGGGGCGGGGGCGGACACACUGUUGUCGUUGCUGCUGGUGAAGCCAGAUGCAGCAGCAGCAGGUGCUGCACCACGAACAAACGGACGACGCGGCACCGGACGAAACGGCGCCUGACAUGAAGAGAACCCCACACCAUCCAAUGUGUGCACGUGUUGCCAUCCUAUGCUGUCUAUGUGAUGUGUCUGUGUCUCUGCCGCACCGGCGUGUUGGGCAUGCGAGGCAUGCGAGGUCGGGUGAAUGCUCCUGGCGCCGCUUGCUUGGGUGCGGGUGCGGGUGCGGGCGGCGGCUGCACGACCUCGUCGAAAUCGAUGUCACUGAGGUCGAUGUCGUCCAGGUUGAUGUCGUCAUGCGCAGCCUGAACCAACGCACAUGGGGGGGCAAGGUCGGGUGGUCUUGGUGUACCUGUUGCUGUGGCUGCGGUGGCUGCUGUGGCGCCAUGGGUGCCGCUGCAGCAGCUGCAGCUGCAGCAGCGGGUGGUGCUGGUGGGAGCGGGACUAGGUCAUUGAGGCCAUCGAGAAGGGCGUCAUCGAAAUUAUCCAAAUCAAACUGAAAGACACACACACUCAGCCAUCCCGGGGAAGCCAUCUCUCUUAGGAGCGGUGCUCUCACGUCGUUACUGAUGGCCUGCUGCUGAUUCUGCUGCUGCUGCAGAGGCCCUCCAGACGGCUGCACACCACCUCCUCCCGCGUCCCCACCCCCAGACGCCCCCACAGCUACUCCGCUGCGAUGCAGUGGCCGGCCACCACCAAAUGGCGGCCGUCUGGGCGGCGGGGGAUACGCCGGCGGCCUGACGAUGGUGGCCUUCUCGGGCGGCGGAUGGGCCUUGGCAUUCUGAUGCUGGUGCUGGUGCUGGUGGUUGUAUUGGUAUUGUGCCGGGGGCGGUCGUGGCGGUGGAGGUCGGUGCGGCCGGUGGUGCGCGUGAAUCUGAGGCCACAGAUCGACAGCCUCCUGUGUGUACCAUACAUAUGCAGUACGAACCACACAGGAUGAUCGAUCCACACAUCCAUAUGUACAACGAGGGGAGGGGAGGGGUGGGAGAGUGCUCACGUCAUUGGAUGGCGUCAUCAUGCUGGGACUGAGCGCCCGCAGGCCGGGAGGACGCACCGGCCCUGACGGCGGAUACCCUGACACACACCAGGCGCCCAUGCGUCCACCCAGCCAUGCACAAGUGUCCCUUCCAGUCUCACCGCGCUGAUUCGGGUGCGAUACUGGCGGCCGAGCUGGCGCUCGAGGAGGGCGUACGAAAGGUCGUGGAGGCGGACGUGGCGGGACCUGUGGCGGCGGGCCAGCCGCCGCCGUGUUGGCGAUGUCCUCAUCAUUGAUGCCGUCCAGGAGCGCCGACAGGUCCUGAGAGAGAGAGAGAGAGAGAGGGAGAGAGAGAGAGGGAGAGAGGGAGAGUGUCAACACAGGCGUCUCCUCACCCUCUAGGUGUCUGUCUGCCUCACCGAGUCUCGACCCUCGCGGGCGUCAUGGUCGCCGUGGGCUGGCACAGCAACGGCCGCAGCGACAGGGGGCUGCACACCAGCGCCACCACCAGCACCAGCACCAGCACCUGCACCAGCACCUGCGCCUCCUCCAGCCUCAACGCCGUCCAGUGGGUCUAAGUUGUCCAGCAGGCCAUCCAAAUCAUCGCCUUCAUCAAUCGCCAUCGCACCACCCCCAGCAGCACCAACCCCCACCUGACACACACAUGACCAGAAGCCAUUCAUGUAUGCAUCUGUGGGACACACACGAUACGUGAGUACCUGUGCAUCGAUAUGGUUAUGGCCUCCAUCACGCUGCUCUACUUGCUCCCCACCCUCACCCUCACCUCCACCCUCUCCCAUAUCGCCCACACCGCCCUCCCCUCCCCAUCCCCCUCCUGCUGCAGCCGCUCGCUGCAACUCCCUCGGUCCGUCAUCAAUGGCCAUGUCCAUGUUAUCUGCAGCAGCUGCCGCCAUUUCAGCCGAGGCUGCCGCGACGGGCUGGCCUCGACGACGGGACCUCCUUGGCGAGUUCGAGUCCCGUGGCGGUGCGACAUUGAGCGCCAGCAUGGCCGCGCCGAGCCGUCGGGGGAACUCGGGCGGGUGUGGAGGUGGCGGGGGAGGGGGCGGGGCGGGUGGUGACGGGGGGGAAUAGGGGUAGGGUGGGCCGUCCGCUUCAGAAGCCGUCUGGCUCAUGGGAUCCUGAAUACGCAUGGGAAAUGAGAGAGAGACAGAUGGAGAGAGAUGGAGAGAGAAGGAGAGGCGACGGAUGCAUGGAUGGAUGGAUGGAUGGGUGUGUUUGCGUGUGCCGUUCACCUGCUCAUUCUUCCUGUCGAAUUCUUCUACCAGCAUGGUGAGGUACUGCUCGAACCGCACCGAGCCCUCACGGCCCUCGGGCACCGUCCGCUCGGUCACAUGAACCACCUGAACCACCACACCAUGCACACGGCAGAUCUCUUGCGAAAUAUCAUCUGUGUCUCCUUUGUCCGCCGCCUUACCCCUUGCCGAAUCAUGGCUGCGGCGAAACUCACGCCAAUCAGCCGUCGGAAGGACGCGUCAGCACGCUGCAGAUGGUUGAAGGGCGUCGGAGAAAGGCAUCCGCCAUUGCAAAUGCGGUCACAGAGGGCUCCUUACGACCCCCAGCGACGCCUUCAACGCCAUUGCUGCCAUUUCAUCC